UUUAUGGCUCGAGCGGCCGCGGCGGCGUCCUAUAAAACCCGGCGGCGCGACGCGCCACCACCGCCGAGACCGCGUCCGCCCCGCGAGCACAGACCCUCGCCUUUGCCGCUCCACCGCCCGUCCACACCCGCCGCCAGCUCACCAUGGAUGAUGAUAUCGCCGCGCUCGUCGUCGACAACGGCUCCGGCAUGUGCAAGGCCGGCUUCGCGGGCGACGAUGCCCCCCGGGCCGUCUUCCCCUCCAUCGUGGGGCGCCCCAGGCACCAGGGCGUGAUGGUGGGCAUGGGUCAGAAGGAUUCCUAUGUGGGCGACGAAGCCCAGAGCAAGAGAGGCAUCCUCACCCUGAAGUACCCCAUCGAGCACGGCAUCGUCACCAACUGGGAUGACAUGGAGAAGAUCUGGCACCACACCUUCUACAAUGAGCUGCGUGUGGCUCCCGAGGAGCACCCCGUGCUGCUGACCGAGGCCCCCCUGAACCCCAAGGCCAACCGCGAGAAGAUGACCCAGAUCAUGUUUGAAACCUUCAACACCCCAGCCAUGUACGUGGCUAUCCAGGCUGUGCUGUCCCUGUACGCCUCUGGCCGUACCACUGGCAUCGUGAUGGACUCCGGUGACGGGGUCACCCACACUGUGCCCAUCUACGAGGGGUAUGCCCUCCCCCAUGCCAUCCUGCGUCUGGACCUGGCUGGCCGGGACCUGACUGACUACCUCAUGAAGAUCCUCACCGAGCGCGGCUACAGCUUCACCACCACGGCCGAGCGGGAAAUCGUGCGUGACAUUAAGGAGAAGCUGUGCUACGUCGCCCUGGACUUCGAGCAGGAGAUGGCCACGGCUGCUUCCAGCUCCUCCCUGGAGAAGAGCUACGAGCUGCCCGAUGGCCAGGUCAUCACCAUUGGCAACGAGCGGUUCCGCUGCCCCGAGGCGCUCUUCCAGCCUUCCUUCCUUGGCAUGGAGUCCUGUGGCAUUCACGAAACUACCUUCAACUCCAUCAUGAAGUGUGACGUGGACAUCCGCAAAGACCUGUACGCCAACACAGUGCUGUCUGGCGGCACCACCAUGUACCCUGGCAUUGCCGACAGGAUGCAGAAGGAGAUCACCGCCCUGGCACCCAGCACCAUGAAGAUCAAGAUCAUUGCUCCUCCUGAGCGCAAGUACUCCGUGUGGAUCGGCGGCUCCAUCCUGGCCUCGCUGUCCACCUUCCAGCAGAUGUGGAUCAGCAAGCAGGAGUAUGACGAGUCCGGCCCCUCCAUCGUCCACCGCAAAUGCUUCUAGGUGGACUGUGACUUAGUUGCGUUACACCCUUUCUUGACAAAACCUAACUUGCGCAGAAAACAAGAUGAGAUUGGCAUGGCUUUAUUUGUUUUUUUUGUUUUUUUUUUGUUUUGGGUUUUUUUUUUUGGCUUGACUCAGGAUUUAAAAACUGGAACGGUGAAGGUGACAGCAGUCGGUUGGAGCGAGCAUCCCCCAAAGUUCACAAUGUGGCCGAGGACUUUGAUUGCACAUUGUUCUUUUUUUAAUAGUCAUUCCAAAUAUGAGAUGCAUUGUUACAGGAAGUCCCUUGCCAUCCUAAAAGCCACCCCACUUCUCUCUAAGGAGAAUGGCCCAGUCCUCUCCCGAGUCCACACAGGGGAGGUGAUAGCAUUGCUUUCGUGUAAAUUAUGUAAUGCAAAAUUUUUUUAAUCUUCGCCUUAAUACUUUUUUAUUUUGUUUUAUUUUGAAUGAUGAGCCUUCGUGCCCCCCCUUCCCCCUUUUUUGUCCCCCAACUUAAGAUGUAUGAAGGCUUUUGGUCUCCCUGGGAGUGGGUGGAGGCAGCCAGGGCUUACCUGUACACUGACUUGAGACCAGUUGAAUAAAAAUGCACACCUUAAAAA